GCUGUGAUAACAUUACAAACAUAAACACGAGAGCUAAAAGUUUUAAACAGAUAGGUCUUAAUAUUUUUCUUCAAUGUAGUGUAGCAUGUCUGUCUAAGAUCAAUGGGGAUUGAGUUCCAAACCUUUGGUCCGUGCACUGAAAAAGCCAGCAGACCGAAGCUUUUGAGGGAGAAAUGUGGCACUACUAGAAGCGUUGAGUCCAGAGCUCUCUGACGGACAAAUGGAAUGAUCAGUUCACCAAGGUACAAGGGCAUUUCUUUAUUAGAGAUACACUGAUGACAAAGUGAAGCCACCUUGUGAUCAAUUCUCACUUUACAUAGUAGCGGAAUCUCAUCUUGUUUUUCUUAGGACUAUUCGUGUUGCGUUGCAGCUUUGCGAUUUUGUAAUCAGGUAUACUUGCUAGCAUGGCGUAGCAGUAGUCAAGGCGGGAGAGUAUGAAUGUCACAGCUAUCUUUCUUGUUGACUCCAUUGUUAAAUAUGGUUGGAUCUGGCUUAAUCUGCGAAGCUGCAGAUAAAGACACCUUUAGAGCUGAUUUAUGUGUGGGUCGAAAGAUAGUGUUGAGUCAAAGUAAACUCCAAGAUUGCGCACUACAUCAUAAAAAGAGAAUCUGUGCGCUCGACGUUUGUGAUGUUUUUUUCGAGUGCCAAUCUGAAUUAUUUCUGUCUUGUCUUGGUUCAUCUUCAGCUUAUUCUCAACCAUCCAAUCACUCACCGUUGCAACGGUACCACUGAUUUUCUCUAACAGAUGCGACACCUCUGAGGGUACUAAGGAGUCAUAUAAUUGUGAGUCAUUUGCAUAAAGUGGUAUAAGAUGCCGGUUAGCUGUAUGACACCGCUGAGUGGAUAUGCAUACAUAGCGAACAUACAAAAUGAGCCUAGAACCGAUCAUUGGGGUACUCCGUACUUCAAGAGUAAGCUUGUUGAUUCUGUCCCGUUAACAAUGACACUUUGGGUGCGUUCAGUCAGGUAGGAUCCAAGCCACUUUAGGACUGUUCCUGCUAAACCAAAUGUUGCAGAGAAUCUGGCCAUCAAAAUUUCAUAGUCUAGCGUAUCAAAGGCUGCGGACAAGUCCAGCAUGGAAAGUAUUGAUAUGUGGCCUAAGUCGGAAUGGUAAAAUAAGUCAUUUAGUACCCUGACCACUGCUGUCUCAAAAGAUUGUUCAAAGGGAAAUCUCUAAAAGUCAAGUUAUAAAACUAAUAAAAAGGAUUCUUUAACAAAUCUAACAACUAAGAUAUAUUUUAAGUUUAUAAAGCCAGACAAGAUGUAACGUCAGUAGUUUCUGUACAUCAGUGCAGAGUUCUGUCUGGCACAACGAUACUCAGGAAACAAAAACAUAAGCGAAACAGUAUUUUAAAACCAUAUUAAUGGCAACAGAUCAAUAAGUAAUAAAAACGAAUGUAUUUUAUAAUGAAAUAAGUUCAAAAGCUUCAUUGUUGGAACUGUCUGCAUGUUGUUUUUUAUAGGGAUGACACUUAAACUGUUUUGAAUGCCCACAGUCAUACAUUCUUUAAUCUAUGAUUACACAUCUUCAAAUAAUCCCCAUCAAUCAAUUUGAGUAGAACAUUAAGUCACAAGGAUCUUCCAGACGACUAUGAACACUUCGGGCAGUUCCGCUGGUCGAGUGACUUUUGACUCGCUCAUCUCCUAUGACACUGCCAAGUAUAUCUGUCUAGUGUACUAUGUUUAUCUCGGACCGCUGGUGGCAGCUUUUGGUAUAGCUUUCAACAUCAUCAACAUUAUCGUCUAUGUCAGCCAAGGCUUCCGGGACUCUGUCAAUAUCAGCUUCAUCACAUUGGCAUGUUCUGACAUUGGUGGUCUCCUUUCUGCGUUGUGGUAUGGCAUUGGUUUGAAUCCUGACUUUGUGAGACUUGUAAAAUACGCUUACUCUCCUUCAGAGUUUAUGAACUUCACAGCAGCAUGGCCUAGGGCCUAUUUCUCCAAGAUAACGUGCUGGAUCACAGUGUUCAUCACUCUAGAAAGAUGUAUGUGCAUUGUUGCACCACUGAAAGUGAAGACUCUAUUGACUCCAAAGAGAACUGCCGUAUGCAUGCUGGUUCUGUACUGCCUGGGUGUAAUCAUCACCUUCCCCCAUGCCUAUCUGAAUGCAGUGUUUCUUGUCUGGAAGUUCGAUCUCGUCUCGAACAGAACUUUUCUCGGGUUCGGCUACGGCCCAAAUUACCAUAAAAUUGAUCUCAUCGGCGGCUUCAUCAACACAAUGAGCAUCAUAAUACCAUUGGGAGUCCUCAUCCUCAGCACUGGUCUCAUCAUUGUGGAGCUUCAAAGAAAAUCGCUUUGGCGUCAGUCGGUGGCAAACUCUGGAGGUGCCAUGGAUGCGGCAUUUGUGAAAAGAGACCGGGUUGUGUUUAAAGUGAUCAGCGUCUUGGCGUUUCUCCUCAUCAUAUGUUAUCUCCCUCACGCCUGCAACUUUACGGCAUACGCCAUCGUCCCAGAUUUCAGUCUGACUGGUAAAUACGUACUUCUGUACGGGGUCAUGUGGUCAGUGUCUUGGAUCUCAGAAAUCAUUAACUCAAGCUGUACUAUAUUUAUCUAUUAUUUUGUCAGCUCUAAAUACAGAGCUACGCUGAACUCAUUGAGAGUAGUCACUUGUUUGAAAACACUCAUACUUCUCUUCAGCGCCAAAAAGAAUGUUUGGACUCAGUUGUAGCUUGUAGUUUAAUAUUGGGACGAAAAUAAAUUCAAUAAAAUUUGGUUGUCAUAGGUUCAAGAUUAAACAACUCAACGAAACCAAACCUCUUAAGGUAUUAUCGUCUAAAUGUCUGUACAUGUUUUUCCCCAAUAUGUAUACGUCUAAUCGUAUCUACUUAACAUUUGCAUGAUAUUACAUAUACGCAAAACUUCACCAAUACAGUAUAUGUGAUGAUUGUAUUAGUUAGAUUUUAUAAAUUGGUUAUAGAAACCAGGUUUUAAGAAAAGAAUUGUUUUUUUUUAUGAUUAGAUUGCAUGUUUAUUUAGAUAGCACCAAUGUUAAUGUGUUUAACUCAAGGACGAACGGAGAAAUAUGUUUAUACAAAGCUUAUAUCAACUCUUCUGUUGGUCUGUGUGGUAAAAGUGUUGAACACGUGAUUUCAGUCAACAUUCCUUUUUAGUCUAGUCUCUAACAGUGCGCACCUACUGCUAGAAUUUGGAUGGCGGUGUGCAUGGCAAGGUUAGAACAAUAUUCAUUCAUAAGAGAGUUUUGUAAGCUACUAAAACAAGGUUACAAAGACAGUUUGUGUGGAAACAAACUCAAAAUCGGCCCCGAAAGUGGUCCACCUAGAGUCUUCACCAAGAUUCGAUUACAGGACUUCCGGUUCCAAUUGCUUCACCCGUCAGCCAGAGCAUCUCCAUAUAUUCAUACAUUCAUCUUGAAUCUAGAACUAGAUUUUGAUCUAGAACUAGAUCUAGAUCUAGAACUAGAUCUAGAAUCUUGAUCUAGAAUCUAGAUCUAGUUUGUGACUACACGUUUUAUCGUAUAACUACUAGACCUUGACCAAUGUUAUGAUCAUGAAUAGUAGGCCUUUUGUUACCGGGUAAUGGUGUACUAUGCUGUCCGUAUCCGAGUCCCUUCUUAAUGCGAUACUCUGUUUACAUCAUAAAUAAAUUUGCACCCCUAAGCUGUCAGAAGAUAAGUUAU